AUGGGUGAAGUAAUUGUCUGUGCUCGCGACUACUCAAUUGUAUCAUCUGAAAACGACAUGCAGACACCUGUCAAUUUAAUCACAGAAUUUAAAGGAACAAUGUACGAGUCAUAUGGUUCUGUUUGGUAUCAUCAGAUUAACAAUCAGACAACAGAUGAUGUAUAUGUAUACACACAUAUCUCAUCUGGAAUGGAAUUUAACGAUCCUUCAAAGGCAUGUUUGUCUCGCCUACUUCAGACAAGUAUAAAGCUUCGAUUAUUAGAUUUGGAUGUCAUUACAAAAGAAAGUGGAACAGAGUAUACGUUUAAAAUGAACAUAAGUGGACCAGAAAUCAUUGUCAAAGGACCAUGUGAAAGAGUCUAUGAACUGUAUAAACAGCUGAUAGAACGUACAACAGUCGAUUUCACUAAAGACCAUUUUAUAAAAUGUAAGAAACAACUGAUAGAGGAAUUAACUGCACAGUUGUCCAAUCCAAAUUAUUUGGCUGAUAAUCUUAAUACGUGUUUAUGGAAUCAGAAUGAAUACACCGCAAAAGCUUUGUUGCAUUCAUUAACAUAUAUUUCAAUAGCUGAUUUAAUGGCAUUCCAUAGUAAAUACUUCUUCCAGUUAGAAAUUACAAUGUACGUUGUUGGAGAUAUGCAGGAAGGGUUAGCUAAGGAUUUAUUCACCUUCACCGUUGAAUAUUUCAAGUGUUAUCCAAAUUCUGACCAAGCUAAAAUCAUUGAUAAUAUUCCCCUACGUCCUGGCACAUAUUAUCAUUCUGUGACAAAUGCAUCAAUCCCUGGGAAAUACUAUCAGCUUGUACAAUAUCAGAGGAUUGAGAAUACUUCACCACUUGACGAAAUCUAUUGUAAAAUAAUCAUAGCAUUAGUUAAAACACAUGCACAACAAUAUUUUCAACACUAUGAAUCAUUGAAUGGUCAAGUGAUAUUAGACUUGUACAAAUUAAUUUCAACUUCAGCAGAACAAGUCAUUGGGACACGAUUAUGCCUUAUGAGUCAGUCGGUGAAACAUGAUUCAGACUAUCUAAUCAGUUGUGUGAAUAUAUUUUGGCAACAGAUUGCCACCAGGGUGAUUGCAUGCGCUGAACACAAAGCUAUUGAACAAAUUUAUGACACAAUAAAUUCAAAUGAUGCCAUCGAUAGCAGUGAUGUCAAACAGUUGUCUCAAUUCUACUGGAAUAAAAUUCUAAAUAAAAAUGAGACAUUCGAUGGAAGGAAUGAAAAGGAUCUUUUCAAGAAAGAGGUCAGUCGAGAGAAACUACUGGAUUAUUUCUAUAGGAAUUAUUUAAACCCCAGCAAACAAAUAUCCAUAUUCAUUGAUUUCCGAAAUGCAGAUAUACAGAAUGAUCAUCAAAAUGAGCCUUCGAAUCCCAAUAAAACAAAUAGUACAAAUUUUAAUGCCAAUUUAAACUCAUACCUUAAAGAUGAAGAUCUAAUCAACCUGCCGCCAGGUACCAGUAAACACUUGAUCAAUGUACUCAAUGAACAAACACCAGCCAUACAAAUUACCCGAAAAAUUGAAAAUAUUGAAUCAUUUCGAUUCAGGUAUAAAAAAGAAACCUGUUAG